CAUACUUUUCAAUAUUUUAAUAAACCAAAUAUAAAAGUUUUUGCUAUCAGAAACAAGUUUUUCUUUGUAGUAAACAAAAUCAGAAACAUAAUAGAGAAAAUGGCAUCCGUUUCAGCUUGCACUCCCACACUUCUUCCCAACAAACCUUCCACUAUUCUUGGAUUACCGGCCAUAUGCAAAAUGGUAAAAGUGACAUGUUCAGUUGAAAAAGGUAAAACAAAGGAGAACCCGUCGCGAUUGGUGAUGACUAGUGCAUCAUCAUUGGUUGCUGCAACGACGGCUGCAACCAUGUCAAGCCCAAUGGCCUUGGCAUUAGUCGAUGAGAGAAUGAGCACAGAAGGAACCGGACUACCUUUUGGUCUAAGUAACAACCUUCUUGGUUGGAUUUUGUUCGGCGUGUUUGGGUUAAUAUGGACUCUUUACUUCGUCUACACCGGAAGCCUUGACGAGGACGAGGACUCUGGUCUAUCACUAUAGGCUUAGAGUGCUUAUUUUCAUUAGAACAAGAUAUACAAUUAUAUUCGAAAGUUUGUGGCAUAAAAAACAUACUAUUAUAGCAAUUGUUACACAUAUAAUAUAAUGCCUUAAUGGUUGCACAACAUCUUCUUUGGUUA